CUUGUUCGUGAUCUUUGGAUUACCGAAUUGCUGAGUGAAAUAACUAAUAUGGCAGAAUAUGAAGGAAUCAUAUUGGGCAUGGGAAACCCUCUUCUCGACAUUUCAGCCAUAGUUGACCAAGAUUUCCUCACAAAAUAUGGCCUGAAUCCAAACAAUGCUAUCCUUGCCGAAGACAAGCACUUGCCUAUGUAUGAUGAAAUAUGUUCAAAAUACAACGUAGAGUACAUUGCUGGAGGAUCCACUCAGAAUACCAUCCGAGUUGCCCAGUGGAUGCUUCAAAUACCAGGUGCAACAAGUUUUAUUGGUAGCAUCGGAAAGGAUAAGUAUGGGGAGGAGAUGAAAAAGAACUCAAAACUUUCUGGAGUUAAUGUGCACUAUUAUGAAGAUGAAGCUGCAACAACUGGUACUUGUGCUGUUUGUGUUGUUGGCAAUGGAAGGUCUCUUGUUGCCAAUUUGUCAGCAGCCAAAUGCUAUAAAUUGGACCACUUAAAAAGACCAGAAAUUUGGGCACUGGUUGAAAAGGCCAAAUACAUUUACAUUGCUGGUUUUUUCCUCACUGUGUCACCUGAAUCAGUUCAGCUUGUAGCUCAACAUGCCACUGUAACCAACAAGGUGUUUAUAAUGAACCUCUCUGCACCAUUCAUCUGUGAAUUCUUCAAGGAUGCUCAAGAUAACGCAUUACUGUAUGUGGAUUAUGUUUUUGGAAAUGAAACUGAAGCAAGAAUGUUUUCAAAGAUUCAUGGAUGGAAUACAGAUGAUGUUGAAGAGAUUGCUAUUAAGAUUUCCAAGUGGCGUAAAGCAUCAGGAACUUACAAGAGGAUUACUGUGAUUACUCAAGGGGGCAAUCCUGUCAUUGUUGCUGAAGAUGGAAGAAUUGAAAAAUAUCCUGUGGAGUUGUUGCCUAAGGAGAAACUGGUUGAUACAAAUGGAGCAGGUGAUGCAUUUGUUGGGGGAUUUUUGUCUCAAUUGGUUCAGAAGAAACAGAUAAAGGAAUGUGUGAGAGCUGGUUGUUAUGCAUCCAAUGUGAUUAUACAAAGAUCAGGCUGCACAUACCCACAAAAACCCAAUUUUAGUUAAACUUUUGAUCGCAUUAUUUAGUCUUUUAAUGUGUAGAGUUUGCACAUUUUCCAUUAGAGUAAUAAGAUAUGAUGGUA